UCAAUGUUUACACGCCAACGUUUUCACAUGUGAAGGUUGUAUGAAAAUGAGGAAAACUGAUGCAACCCUCCGCGAUUGUUGUUGCAGACAGCACUGGCGUACACACGAAACGGUGUACAUCCGUUGGACAUCAGGACAUUGAGGUUUAAGGCAGUUACCUAUAAAUUAGGCUACAUUGCUUGUACUGGGCCAGUACGUUUUUGUCAUCAACUAGUCAGUGCGUCUCCGUCAAUAUGAAAUUAUUUGCGAUAGCGUGUCUCCUCGUUCUAACAGGGUCCACCAAAGCUGACGGCUCUUUGGGUGGCCUUGUCUACGCACCAGGUCACGCCUCGGUCGAUUAUUAUGCAUAUCCCAGGUAUGCAUUUGAGUACGCUGUAAAAGACCCACACACUGGAGACAACAAAGCGCAAUGGGAGAAACGGGAUGGGGACGUUGUUAAAGGAGCAUACUCGCUAGUAGAGCCUGAUGGAAGCCUUCGAGUGGUGGAGUACUGGGCUGACGACAAAUCAGGUUUCAACGCAGUUGUGAAGCGCUUGGGCCCAAACCUGCAUCCAGUUGCACCAGUGACGCCCAUUUAUAAAGCGCCAAUUCCUGUAUUAAGGAGCGAACCAGUGGUUGCUCCAAUUGCAAUUGGAUCAGUGGCCAAGUACGGGGGUUUGGCUAGUGCUCCACUUAUAACUGGGCCUUUGGGCGGAGUGGCAACCUCUUCUGCGAUUCUUCACAAGCCAUCAGUACCGAUAUUAUCAGGGCCAGUAUUGCCCACACCAAUAGUUCCAAAUGUACCGAUUGUGCCAACCCCGAUACUGCCCUCACCUAUCAUAAAAUCGGCACCAAUUGUGCCAGCUCCGAUUCUGUCCACGCCCAUUAUAAAAUCUUCACCAUAUUUAUCAGCACCGCUGUCAGAACCAUACCUAUCGCCUCUGUCUACUCCGAUCAACGCCUGGGGACCUCGACUCCUUAAAGCUCCUGGCUUAGGCUUAGGACCAACCCUAACAGGUUUAGGCUCGUGGGGUGCCGGAAACUUGGAUUUAGAUUAUAUCGGAAGCAAAUACUAGAUAUAGAUGUUGAAAGCCUUUACAAUUCUGUAAUUUAAUGCCGCUGCCUAUUCUAUAUUCUUAUGCUCUCCAAAGACGACUAGUUGUGCCUUGUUGGAUGGAAUACUGUUGUUAGUUAUUUAAUAUUUAUGUAAAUAAAUGAACUCGACAUUUAGCACAAAUAUAGCAUCACCACUGUGUGGUACUCAA